AUGAAGUUUACAUCUGUCCUCUAUCUCGCCCUCCCAGCUCUGUCGCUAGCUCGCCCCUCAGGUGCCUGCGCAAGAUCUACUCCAACCCCCGAAGUCGACCUCUCCAUCUGCAAGGACGUAGCCGGUUCCUACGCUCGGUACUGCGACCGAUGCGAGCAUCUCUGUGCCGACAAAAGAACCAGCCUGCAGGUCUACGAGAUGUGUAUCAACUCCAUCUUCUUUCAGGCCAACAGCUGGGAUAGCCAGUGCUGGCAGCACGGCGGCUUCGACUGCGGGCCUAGGUCUAUUGACAAGGUCUGCGGUCCUGCGAAGUAG